UUUGCAGUUUAUAUUUACUAAAAUAAUUGCAUUUCCAUGUUCUGUGUGCUGUGGAAGACCAGAAUGCAGUGAAUGCAGGGUCCGGGGAGAGCGGAUAUAGUGAAUGCGGGGUCCGGGGAGACUGGAUAUAGUGAAUGCAGGGUCCGGGGAGAGCAGAUAUAGUGAAUGCAGGGUCCGGGGAGAGCGGAUAUAGUGAAUGCAGGGUCCGGGGAGACCAGAUAUAGUGAAUGCAGGGUCCGGGGAGACCAGAUAUAGUGAAUGCAGGGGUCCGGGGAGAGCGGAUAUAGUGAAUGCAGGGUCCGGGGAGACCAGAUAUAGUGAAUGCAGGGUCCGGGGA